CAUGGCAGGUCAGAUACUCUUUUCUUCUUCUUAAGAAUCUCCGCAACUUUGCUGCUCCUUUCCCUGUCUCUAAAAGCCAUAUACCACCUUUUCCUCUCUCUCUCUCUUCCUUUCUAGGGUUUUUCAUCCUCUCUCUAUAUUAUAUAUAUAACCAUACAAAGAAAAGACAGAGUGUUGUAGUGGUGGUGGAGGAUCCGUUUCGUUGAAAAUGUCUUCUGUUGUCAUGAGAUGUGCUGCUGCUUCCCAUCUUCAUCACGCCUCCUCCCCUUCCCAUCGUCCUCAGGUAUCAUCAUGUGCUGGCCUUCAUCACAACGUCGAAUUCCAAUCUGCUGCUGCCUCACUCCUCCAUUCUUCCUCCUUACAGUUGAGACCAAUUAUCCCUUCUAACAGCAUUCUACCCAUUAGAGCAACUGCAACCGAAUUGCCUCCUACUGUUCCAAAAUCACGGGCUGAUGCUGGCAAGACCAGGAUCGGAAUUAACGGUUUUGGACGUAUCGGGAGAUUAGUGUUACGAGUUGCAACGUCUAGGGAUGAUAUUGAUGUCGUGGCAGUUAAUGACCCAUUUAUUGAUGCUAAGUACAUGGCUUACAUGUUCAAGUAUGAUUCCACUCACGGGGUCUUCAAGGGAACCUUAAAGGUAGUGGAUGAGUCUACUUUGGAAAUCAACGGGAAGCAGAUUAAAAUUAGUAGCAAAAGGAACCCAUCAGAGAUUCCAUGGGGUGACUUUGGUGCAGAUUUUGUUGUUGAAUCUUCUGGUGUCUUCACUACUGUAGACAAGGCCUCAGCACACAUGAAGGGUGGUGCCAAGAAAGUUGUAAUCUCAGCUCCAUCAGCUGAUGCACCUAUGUUUGUGGUAGGAGUGAAUGAAAACACAUACAAAGACACCAUGGAUGUGGUUUCUAAUGCUAGCUGUACAACUAAUUGCCUUGCUCCACUCGCCAAGGUGGUUCAUGAACAGUUUGGUAUUGUUGAGGGUUUAAUGACAACUGUGCAUGCAACGACAGCUACACAAAAGACUGUUGAUGGUCCUUCCAUGAAGGACUGGCGAGGAGGCCGUGGUGCUGGGCAGAACAUCAUCCCUAGUUCAACUGGUGCUGCAAAGGCGGUGGGAAAAGUUCUUCCAGAACUUAAUGGAAAGCUCACUGGAAUGGCUUUCCGUGUUCCAACACCUAAUGUCUCUGUCGUGGACUUAACUUGUCGGCUAGAGAAGAGUGCUUCAUAUGAUGAUGUGAAAGCAGCUAUAAGGCAUGCAUCAGAGGGUUCACUGAAAGGCAUUUUGGGUUAUGCUGAUGAGGAUGUCGUCUCAAAUGAUUUUGUUGGUGACUCCAGGUCGAGCAUAUUUGAUGCCAAAGCUGGGAUGGGCCUGAGUGAAUCCUUCAUGAAGCUUGUCUCCUGGUAUGACAAUGAGUGGGGUUACAGUAACAGAGUGUUGGACCUCAUAGAGCACAUGGCAUUGGUUGCAGCGACCAAAUGAAAUGCAGGAAAAAGAGCCAGCUGAUGUUGCAAAAUUUAGUGCAAGCAGCAGUAGUUGUAUUUGACAUAGUUAUGGAGCGUGCUAAUGCUCUGUUUUGGUUAUAGAUUGGCUUUUGCUAAGGUCAUCCAGACUGCAAAUUGAGUUGAAAAUAAUGAAGAGGAGACAUGUCUGAUUUAAUAGAUAUAUCCGUUUGAUCAAAAGGCACAGAGUUGAUUGGUAGUUAAAUACAUGCAUCUGACUUUUCCUUCA